AUGAACUGCAUGCUCGUCGGCGUUGGAGACAGAUACAUCCUCAUUGAUGCAGGACUCAUGUUCCCUGACUUCACGGACCUGGGCAUGCAGAAGAUCCUGCCUGACACGAGCUUCUUGCAUCGAUGGCGGGACAAGAUUGAGGCAGUCAUCAUCACUCACGGUCAUGAGGACCAUAUUGGCGCCAUGCCCUGGGUGGUGCCUGCUCUUGACCCAGACACGCCCAUCUACUCGGGUGGCUUUGCCAUGCAGCUCAUAAAGCGGCGCAUGCAGGAGUACAGCCUGUGGAACGAGUCCCGUUUCAAGACCUUUAAAAUGAAUGAGCGCUUCCAACUGGGGCCCUUUGAGUGUGAACCAAUCAGGGUGACGCAUUCUAUUCCGGACUGCUGUGGCAUGAUUUUAAGGAGCGAGCAUGGGAACAUAGUGCACACAGGGGACUGGAAGAUUGAUGAGGAUCCUAUGGACGGGGAUAAAUUCGACCGCAACACAUUUGAGGCAGUUAGCAAAGAGGGAGUGGCUCUGUUCAUGAGCGAUUCCACAAAUGUGCUGUCGCCUGGCCGCACGCUAAGCGAGACCACAGUGCGAGAUGCCCUUAUCACGCGCGUUAUGGGGCAUCAAGGCAAGGGGCGGAUCAUCACCACACAGUUCGCUUCAAAUUUGCACAGGCUAGCAAGCGUGAAGGCAGCAGCAGAUGCAGCAGGCAGGAAGAUCUGCUUCAUUGGCAUGAGUCUGACCACAUACCUGGAGGCAGCGCAGAGGGAGGGCAGGGCGCCCAUUGACCCCAAGGACUUGGUCAGCCAGGAGGAUAUGGAUGGCAUGGAUCCCAAUGAGCUGCUUGUUGUCACCACAGGCUCCCAGGCUGAGCCACGAGCGGCGCUGUCCCUGGCUUCGCGAGGGGCCUCACCCCUCCUGCGACUGGACCCCUCCGACCUCAUUCUUUACUCAGCAAAGGUCAUCCCUGGGAAUGACACGCGCGUGAUUGAGAUGAUGAACAACAUCAGCCGCCUUGGGCCCGAGAUUGCCAUGUCUCGCAACGAGAACCUGCACACAUCAGGCCACGCCUACAGGGAGGAGCUGGAGGAGGUGAUGAAGCUGGUGAAGCCGCAGCAUUUCCUGCCGGUGCACGGGGAGUAUGCAUUCCUGUGCGCGCACGCCCAGCUGGCGCGGGACAUCGGCAUCAGGGACACCAGCGUGAUCCGUAACGGGCAGUACCUGGGAGUCUCCCCCCGCCGCAACGGCAAGACCAUCUCCACCGGCAGCAUGCAGCUGCUUGGCGAGGCCAAGCUGCAGAUGUUCUACAACGAUGGCGGCAGGGGCACGGGAACCUCGGAGGAGAUGGCACUGGAGGAGCGCACAACAAUCUCGACAGAGGGCUGCGUGAUCGCGGACGUGGCCGUCAUGCGCCCGCCGCAAUCGGCAGCGCAAGCGGCUGCGCAGGGGCAGGCGUCCACGUCGGGGCGCAUUGCGCCACGCAAGGGUGCUGCUGACGGCGCCGAGGCCGGGGACGUGCCGCAGCGGCUGCACGCGCGCGUGCGCGUAAAGACGCUCGCUAUGUGGACCGAUCAGGGCCGCCUUGGCCAGGAACUGUGCCGGGCGGCGGAGGCGGCAGUGAUGCGGCUGGGGCCGGACGCAUCGCUGCUAGCAGUGGAGCGAGUGGUGGAGGAGGGCCUCAUCCGGGAGUGCCGCGCGUACAACCAGCGCAAGCCGCUCAUCACCGUCAUCGCCCACGACAUGAACAACCGCGCCGCGCCGGCUGCCUACGCCGAGGCCGUCCACCGCGCCAACGCGCGCAUGGCCCAGUCCGAAGCCGCGGCCCGAGGCCGCGGUGGCGGCCGGCGGGGCGGCGGCAGCUCUCGGGGCAGAGGCGGCUCCGCCACGGCUGGCGGACCGGGGCUGGCAACGCCGCUGCCGAAGGAGCUGGCGCAGAGGAGGAGGCAGGCCAACCCGCGGGAGAAGCCGGGCGAGACAGGAGAAGCGACCGAGUACCCGUGA